CGGUGCGGAUGUCCUGAUCAGCGGCGUUAUCCUUCGUCGUUCGUCCUCGUCAAUUGUCGUUAACCGUUGUCGUUUAACACCGCGUUAUCGCGUCCGGGCAUUUGUGCAAGUGUGCCCCCUUAAGUAGGCAAUACUUAUUGUAAAACUCACAUUUAACUCUGCAAUUAACCCAAAAGAAUUACCAAAGAGCCGGGCUCCUUUAAUUAUUUAUUUUCGGUCCUUCUUCUCUCAUUCGGUGAAGUGUACAAUUAGGUGCGCCGAAGAAAAUUCAAUCAGUCAAAGUGGAAAAGAAAGCUUUUUUGAAGAGAAGUGCGUCUGUGUGUGCAAUAAAAAAGGGACAGGCUCAAAUGAUAACAGUCGUAAUCAAAGCCUUUCGGUUGGCCCUUGUCUUUUGUUAAUUUAGCCGUGAAACCGAUUUUUCACUGUGCAGUUUAAAGUUGUGUUUUGUAAAUUACAGUGCACCUACAAAGCAAGUAAUAAGCCAUAAAUAAAAAAUAGACAAAAAAACCUUUUUAAGAGACCAAGAAGAAGAGUGCGAAAGAAGGCCAAGAGCAGUUUUUUUCAAGCUGGAGCAAAGGCCAUAAGAAACGCGGACUCACCAGCAGUAUCUGCAUGUCAGCAAAAAACGAACUAAACGGCCAGCAAAUACAGAUCGAUUAGCCACAUCUGAACGCAGCCACCUGAUAUCAAUUGAGAUGCUCAGUUCGCUGGACGCGCUGGCCGGCAAAAUAGCCACUGCCACGCCCGGCACGGGGGCGGUAGCGGCGGACAGCAAGAACACCCAGUCGCUGCACCACCACCACCAUCGCCUAGACUACGACUACUCGGCGGUGGAGAUCGAGCCGCCGGCGGAGCAGCUGGCCAACUCGCCGCGCAGCGAGCGGGAGCGUUUGCAGCAGGCGCAGCAAGCCUACGAGCAGCAGGCCCAAGCGGAGCUGGAGUUCGGCCUGGCCGAGGUGGACGCCAAGCUGACCCAGCUGAAGAGCAGCCACAAUCUGAGUCACCACAACCACAGCCACAAUAAUCACCAUCAACCGCAUAGCCAGCAGCCGCAGCACACGGCCAGCAGAACGCUGCAGCGGCACCCGCACCACCAGCUGCAGCACCACCAGCCCAACAACCACCACCAUCAUCCCUACCAGCGGCCCAGACCCACUUCGCCCCCGCAGCAGCAGCAGCAGUCGUCCUCCUACCAGCAGCAACUGUCCCAGCUGGCGGCCCUGCAGGAUCACCACGAUCUGCUGCAGUCGCAGCAGGAGUUGUUCCACAAGCAGCUGGCCAAUAUGCAGGAGUACCAGCGUGAAAGGGAGCGGGAACGGGAGCGGGAACGGGAGCGGGAGCGGGAACGAGAACGCGACAGGGAUCGCAGCAGCUUUAUCGAUAACAGCGACUACGAUUCGCAGCAGGAGUUCAAAAUUUGCCUGAGGGAUAGUGCUUUUGGUAUGAGCGAUAAGAGCAGCAGUGCAACAAGUAGCCUGCCAAAUAGUCCCAUACACAGCAACAACAACAAUCCUUCGCUGCUGAACAACAACGGCAGCAACAACAACAGCAUUAGCGGUGGCAACAACAUCAAUCCAAGCUUGGGCAACAGCAACAAUUCGCUGGUAGCCGUGGGCAGUAACGGUAUUAUGUCCGCCGCAGGAUUGAUAAACAACAACAACAAUCCGUGCAGCGCCAACCGAAAUGUCGUAGCGAUGGUGGAUGAUGACGCAUGCUUCCGUCUGGAUACGGACGCCACGGUGACGUACGGCGAAAAGGAACCGGAUCCGGACAACAUCAAGAUGUUCGUGGGCCAGGUGCCCAAGUCGAUGGACGAGUCACAGCUUCGCGAAAUGUUUGAGGAAUACGGCGCGGUGCACUCGAUCAACGUGCUGAGGGACAAGGCCACCGGAAUUAGCAAGGGUUGCUGCUUUGUGACGUUUUAUACGAGACGCGCCGCCCUGAAAGCACAGGAUGCUUUGCAUAAUGUUAAGACGCUGAAUGGGAUGUACCAUCCCAUUCAAAUGAAACCCGCCGAUAGCGAGAAUCGUAAUGAAAGAAAACUUUUUGUGGGAAUGCUAAACAAGAAGCUGAACGAGAACGACGUUCGUAAACUAUUUGAAGUCCACGGAGCCAUUGAGGAGUGCACCGUUCUCCGGGACCAGAACGGUCAGAGCAAGGGUUGUGCCUUCGUCACAUUCGCCACCAAACACGCCGCCAUCUCGGCCAUUAAAGUGACCUUGAGCCAGAACAAGAUCAUGGAGGGCUGCACAUCGCCGCUGGUCGUCAAGUUCGCCGAUACGCAGAAGGAGAAGGAGCAAAAGAAGAUCCAGCAGAUCCAGGCCAACCUAUGGAAUCUGGCCAGCAACAUCAACAUCCCGCUGGGCCAAACUGCGACUAGCGUGGCCACGCCCAUUCUGCCCAACCCGCCGCAGCAGCCGUCGCCGGUCCUCGGUGCCGAUGCCAUCACCCCGGCCUCAAUCCAACUGCUGCAGCAACUACAAGCGGUUGGGCUGCAGCAGCAGCUGUUGCAAGCCCUCACAGGUCUGGGAGCCCAGCAGAGCAGCUCGGCGACGGACACGAGCGCCGUUGCGGCCGCCGGACUCUUGACCCCGAUGACCGUUCAGAAUUUGGCAGCCAUCGCGGCCAUGACGCAGCCGAGUCUCUCGAACGCCGCCGCCGCAGCAGCAGCAGCUGCCUCAUCGCCUGGGAGCGCCCAACUGACCAACACGGCUGCCCUACUCUCAGGCCUUUUGGGUAAAAAAGCCGCAGCCAAAAAAUCAGCCAAAAAAUCAGGGUCCGAUCCGAAUCCAUUGGCAUCGGCAUAUAUGUCAACAGCCGCCGGUCUACCGCAAUUUGGCAGCGCCAGUGCAUUGUCCACUUCUCCGCUGGCCAGCGUCGCCCUCAGCGCCGCAGCCGCCGCCGCAGCGGGAAAGCAGAUUGAAGGACCCGAGGGUUGCAACCUAUUCAUCUACCAUCUGCCGCAGGAGUUCACCGAUACGGAUUUGGCGUCCACGUUCCUGCCCUUCGGCAAUGUGAUCUCAGCCAAGGUGUUCAUCGACAAGCAGACCAGCCUGUCGAAGUGCUUUGGCUUUGUGUCGUUCGACAAUCCGGACUCGGCCCAGGUGGCCAUCAAGGCGAUGAACGGUUUCCAGGUGGGCACCAAGCGCCUCAAGGUGCAGCUGAAGAAGCCCAAGGACUCCAAGCCCUAUUAAAGGGCACUGCUGGGGGAUGUCGCCCAUCAGCUGCAAGCUCAUCCGGACGCCGAGUAGAGGAGUACUGAGAUUUGUGAAAUAUGGAGUAGUCAAUGAAUUGAGAGAAUUGAGAGUUGCCGUGUAGAGCGCGCGCGUUGCAAGAGUAAACGAAGACGCGAAUGCCAACGUUUUGAUUUGUUGACGUUCGCCAGAGCUAUGCCAUUUAUUUAUUUUGGGAAAGGCAAAGUCAAGUGGUAGUUGAUUCAAGACGUCGAUUGAAAGAUGUACGCAAAUCGUUUUUAGAAGACGUAUAGGUCCCUGAAUCUUGUAAAUAUUAUACGCUUGAGUCUCAAAAAUCCUAAGAAUAAAUGCCUAUUCCACUGCUGUCGCAUACAAAUUUCCAAGAACUGUACAUUUUAAAAACCUGUACAAAAAUUAACUUGCAAACAUAUUGUAACAUACGAUAGCCAAGAAAAGCCAUUUUAUAAGCUUGUAAAGCAAACUAAUUUUAACGAAGUAAAUUUAUAAAAAUAAACUAAAAAA